GGAUCAGAUAAAUUUCAAAGUUAGUGGUCGAGAUACAAAAGCACUAAAUACCCCUCCGCACAAAUGAAACAAAUGAAAGGCUGCCUUCACCCCCACUUCUCUAAUCAAUCCUCGCAGAACGAACUACUCCGUAAAUUGAUUCUUAACUACUCGCACAAGUUCUCAACUAAGGGUCAAAUAUUUACCUAGGCAGAGGAAGUAUAUUCAAGGCCUUUAAAUUUGAGCAAGAUGGCUGAAAAUGAAGCAUCAGCAAGACCUGGACGUCCCAGCUUAGGCAAUAAUGUGCGCAGUCGUUCUUACCUUCAAGAACAUCAACAAUAUCGUCCUCCGCAACAAGAUGGUCAUCACGGUAUAGAUAGCAUAGUCGAAGGUAUUCAAGGUAGCGCGAUCUCAUCUCCUACCAAAUCUUUCACUCAAUUCAAUGGAGUUCCCUCUCCACAACAUCCUCCAAAGAUUGUCGACAGCGGGCUCAAUCAUACCUUGUCGCACGCAAACUGUCAGCCCGCGCCAAAUACAAUCUCCGACCGAAUGAUCGCAACCCUCAUUUACAAAACCAAAUCUCCUCGUGUUUCAGUCACCGAUUAUCCACCCGACCGUUCUCCUUCACCAGCUUCCUCUCCUUCCAGAUCAUCUGUGACAUCUACUUCCCGCGCCAUCCCACCAAAUCUUGCUCCGGUCCGCACACUCUCCAAUUUCCCACUCGAACCUCCUCCACCCGAUCCAGAACCGCUCGAUCACCUCUACGGAAGCUACAUCUCGCAGCUUUGCCUUACAUCCUUCCUUCACCUCAUUCAAUCUCUGCCUAGCCGAUCCGGUUCCGAUUUCCUCUCUUCCUCCCAUCGCUGUCUCGACAACCCCGAACAUCCAUCCAUAGUCGAACUCACAUUCUCGCCCAUUCCCGAUCCUACAUAUCUUGACCUCCAAGAUUUGCGCAAACACGAACUUCUCUAUCGCUUUGAGCGCGAAUGGAACGUCGAUGUGAUUCUGCAACAUGAUACCGUCCUCCGCCGUUAUCCACGCCUUGUGGUUUUCGAUAUGGAUUCUACACUUAUCGAACAAGAAGUGAUUGAUUUGAUCGCUGCUUCGAUCGGUGUCGAAGAUGCCGUAUCUGCCAUUACUGCGCGCGCGAUGAAUGGCGAAUUGGAUUUCUCGGCAUCGCUUCGUGAACGCGCGAAGUUGCUGAAAGGAGUCGAUGCAGAUAUCUUUACGAAAUUGAGAAGUGUUAUUACGCCCACCAAAGGUGCUGCGGAACUGAUUCGCGCGUUGAAGAGAAUGGGUGUUAAAACGGCAGUGUUGUCUGGAGGAUUCAUCCCUUUGACACAAUGGCUCGCGGACCACUUGGGAAUCGAUUACGCAUUUGCGAAUACUCUCGAAUCGGAUCCUAGUACCAACCAACUGACGGGCGAAGUUCUCGGUUCCAUUGUCAAUGCGGAAAAGAAACGAGAUUUGCUACUGGAGAUUGCGAAGAAGGAAAAUGUGGCGCUGGAUCAGGUUGUCGCUAUGGGUGAUGGCGCGAAUGAUUUGUUGAUGAUGGGAGUGGCGGGUUUGGGUGUUGCGUGGAAUGCUAAACCCGUGGUGCAGAUGGAGGCUCAGGCUAGGUUGAAUGGAGAAAGCAUGUUGGAUCUUUUGCACAUCUUUGGAUUGACGGCUGAGGAGAUUAAGAUUUUGAUUUCGUAGGGGAAAGGAGGAAUAGAUAGAUAGAGAGGAAGGAAAUGUCUCCUCGUUGAACGCAGGUUGGAUGGAUGGAAGCACUAGACGAUUUGAUGAAGCUAGCGAGAUGAGACGUAUGGGAAAGAAGAGGUAGUGGAUUUGUAUAUCCUUCUUUUUCUUCUUUUUUUAUUAUUUGGAAUCGAUCAACGAAUUGGGCAUCGUUUAGCAUAAGGGAGCACGAAAUACAUAUAUCAAUCAUAUGAGUGAUGAAUACUAAAUUACCAAAUC